CCCCCUCCUCCUCUCUGUCUCUCCCCUGACUGGAGUCCCACUGAGCGGCUCUCAAACUUCAGUGUCGAGCCUGAAAGCGGAGGACGAAGAGCAGGAGCCGACAGACAGAGAGAGAGAGUCGCAGCUAAACAGUCUUUUUGGACCCGCGACAAACGGCGCAAACAGCCGCUUUGAUAUCUGCUCUUUAACAACGCGUACUGACGGUCGGUUUGAGGAUUUACACUCAGCUCUCGGUGUUUGAUUUUGAUGAUUUUCCUCCAUUGUUUGUCGAAGUUUCCGACUGUCACGUCUUAGUUACGGACCUUUAUCUCGACUGUCUGUGGGAUUAAUCGUUUUAAUUCAAGACUGAAUAAUUCAGCACUUAGCUUCUUUCUGUGUACGGCUGUUUUUUGGAGUGUUUUUUCUAACGGAGCGGUAACGCAAAGGCAGAAUUUGGACCUGCCUUCGCCAUGGGGAAAUAGCGGGGAUCUCUGUGUAACCGACCCCGUGUUUUUGACUUUUUCAUGAUCAUUUUUAAAAGACAAGAGCUCAGUUUUUGACUAAAACAAUGAGCAUGGACGGUUGUCCGUUGAAGGUGGUGAUUUUUUUGUGGUGUCUGCUGGUGAUUUCUGGCUCCAGCUUUGAGAUUGGUUCCUACGACCUGGAGCGAGGCAGACCAGCCAAGUGCGAGCCCAUCGUGAUCCCCAUGUGCGAGGGGAUCGGCUACAACCUGACCCGGAUGCCCAACUUCAUGGACCACGACGACCAGAAGGAGGCUGCCAUCAAGCUGAACGAGUUUGCCCCUCUGGUGGCUUACGGCUGUGAUGUGCACCUCCGCUUCUUCCUCUGCUCCCUCUACGCCCCCAUGUGCACGGACAAAGUGUCGACCUCCAUCCCCGCCUGCAGACCCAUGUGUGAGCAGGCCAGGGAGCGGUGUGCCCCCAUCAUGAAGAAGUUCAGCUACACCUGGCCGGACUCGCUCGACUGCUCCAAGCUGCCCACCAGAAAUGACCCCAAUGCUCUGUGCAUGGAGGCCCCCGAGAACGAAACCAGGACGGAGGGCAAGAAAGGCGAGGGCAUGCUUCCGGUGCCCCCUCGCCCCAGGCAGCCGGGCACCGCCGCUGGCCGCUCUCCGGGCAGCAUGGGCUCCUGUGAGAACCCAGACAAGUUCCAGUUUGUGGAGAAGAGCCAGUCGUGUGCGCCGCGCUGCUCCCCUGCUGUAGACGUCUUCUGGUCCAGGCAGGACAAGGACUUUGCCUUCAUUUGGAUGACAGUGUGGUCCAUCCUCUGCUUCGUCUCCACUGCCUUCACCGUCCUGACCUUCCUCCUAGAGCCUCACCGCUUCCAGUAUCCUGAGCGACCCAUCAUCUUCCUCUCCAUGUGCUACAACGUCUACUCCGUGGCCUUCAUCAUCCGCUCUGUGGCCGGGGCUGAGAACAUCGCCUGCGACCGGGAGCACGGCGAGCUGUACAUCAUCCAGGAAGGGCUGGAGUCGACGGGCUGCACCAUCGUCUUCCUCAUCCUCUACUACUUCGGCAUGGCCUCUUCUAUCUGGUGGGUCAUCCUCACGCUCACUUGGUUCCUGGCUGCAGGGAAGAAGUGGGGCCACGAGGCUAUCGAAGCCCACAGCAACUACUUCCACAUGGCUGCUUGGGGCAUCCCCGCUCUGAAGACCAUCAUCAUCCUCACAAUGAGGAAGGUGGCCGGAGAUGAGCUGACGGGGCUGUGCUACGUGGGGAGCAUGGACUCCGGGGCGCUCACCGGCUUCGUCCUGAUCCCUCUGUCCUGCUACCUGAUCAUCGGCACCUCCUUCAUCCUCACAGGCUUCGUGGCUCUCUUCCACAUCCGCAAAGUGAUGAAGACGGAGGGCACCAACACAGAGAAGCUGGAGAAGCUCAUGGUGAAAAUCGGCAUCUACUCCAUCCUCUACACGGUGCCGGCCACCUGCGUCAUCGUCUGCUACUUCUACGAGAGGCUAAACAUGGACUACUGGAAGCUGAGGGGGCUGCAGAUGAAGUGUGGAUCGUUCAACGGCCUCAGCAGCGACUGCUCGCUGCAGACGUCCGUGCCCACGGUGGCCGUGUUCAUGCUGAAGAUCUUCAUGUCGCUGGUGGUCGGCAUUACCAGCGGGGUGUGGGUGUGGAGCUCUAAGACCCUGCAGACCUGGCAGGGCCUGUGCAGCAGGAAGCUGGCAGACAGGACUAGAAGCAGGAAACCCUGCAGCGGUGUCAGCUGCGGCAGCACACACUGCCACUACAAAUCUCCUGCUGUGGUUCUGCACAUGGCCAAGACUGACCUGCACUCAGACAACCCCACACAUGUCUGAGGGACACACACACACACACACUGCCAAAACGCAACCACGUACACUCACAAACACACACGCACACACACAUGCCCUGAGUAAGGAGCUGCUAAAGACUUUGUGAGAAGAUGAGUGGUUGAAUUGAACUGUCAGUUACUGCUCUGCUGCUGCCAAGGGACACACAGGUACAGGCGUCACUAUGAGAAACUAUCUAUAAACAGUAUUCAAUGCAUAAAGGGAAAUGUUCAGUAUGGUUACCCAUAUUUUUCUGUUUCAUAGUGUUCUGUGCAGUAGACAUGCCCUGUGUUUCAAAGCAAAAAAAAAAAAAAGACUGUUACGGGAAGCAUCUUGGGAAAUAUUCUUCUCCCUGAACGUGGCAUGACUAACUGUAUAAAUCUGUAUAAAUGUUUUAUUUAUUGUAAAUAUAUUUAAUUUAAAGUUCACCUUGGCUCUUAUCAGAUUUGUUGUUUAGAUGCAUUUAUUAAAGGUAAAGGGAAAUUAAGUGCCUUUUAUAAAAAAAACUCUGGUUCUGGCCUUUUGAAAGGAUAAUAAAUUUGUGGAAUUCA